GCAGCAGUGACCAAAACACAAACACCUGGUGCUUCUUUAGCAGUUACUCUACAGUAAAUCUUUGGUACUAAUAAGCAUGGCAGCAGCUGGAAAGGAACGAUCUUUGGAGCAAACGCCGACGUGGGCCGUUGCCGUUGUUUGUUUCAUAUUGGUUUUGGUCUCCAUCAUCAUCGAAUAUAUCCUUCAUUUGAUCGGAAAGUGGUUGGAAAGGAAGAAUAAACGAGCUCUCUAUGAAGCACUGGAAAAGAUCAAAGCAGAGCUUAUGUUAUUGGGGUUCCUCUCGCUGCUGCUAACAGUAGGACAAGGCCCCAUUUCGGACAUUUGCAUAUCGAAGUCUGUUGGGGCUACUUGGCAUCCAUGUAGUAAGAAGCAAGAGCCAGUCUAUGCAAAGGAGGACGGAGAGAGCACUAGUUCAGAAUCCGAUGAUGACAGCGGCCGUAGAAGGCUACUAUCCGUGGUUCUAUCGAGUUCCGGCAAGAAUGCCCGACGUGUUUUGGCCGCAGCCGGAUAUGACAAAUGCGGUGCCAAGGGAAAAGUUCCAUUUGUGUCAUUUUAUGGAAUUCACCAGCUUCAUAUACUCAUCUUCGUGCUAGCCGUAUCCCAUGUGCUUUACUGCAUAAUAACACUGGUUUUGGGCAGAGCUAAGAUGAGGAAGUGGAAAACAUGGGAAUUGGAAACCAGGACAGCAGACUACCAGUUCUCACAUGACCCUGAAAGAUUCCGAUUUGCGAGAGACACAUCGUUUGGGCGAAGGCACUUGAGCUUUUGGAGCCGGUCACCCAUUUUGUUAUGGAUUGUUUGCUUCUUCAGACAGUUUGUUAGAUCAGUGCCUAAGGUGGAUUACCUGACGCUACGCAAUGGGUUCAUCUUUGCACAUUUGGCACCUCAGAGUCAAACUAAAUUUGAUUUCCAGAAGUACAUCAACAGAUCAGUCGAAGAGGACUUCAAGGUUGUGGUGGGGAUCAGCCCUGUUAUCUGGUUAUUCGCCGUAUUGUUCCUGCUAUCUAACACCCAUGGCUCAUGGUCCUAUCUCUAUCUACCUUUUAUUCCCCUAGUGAUGAUCUUGUUAGUAGGGACAAAGCUACAGGUUAUAAUAACCAAGAUGGGGCUUAAAAUUCAAGAAAGAGGAGAAGUAGUUAAGGGUACCCCGCUUGUUGAGCCUGGUGACCAUCUCUUCUGGUUCAACAGCCCUCGUCUCAUUCUUCACAUCAUCCAUUUUGUUCUCUUUCAGAAUGCCUUUCAACUUGCUUUCUUUGCAUGGACUUGGUACGAAUUUGGGUUGAAGUCUUGCUUUCACGACAAGAUGGAAGAUGUGGUCUUAAGAAUUACAAUGGGGGUCGUCAUACAAAUACUAUGCAGCUAUGUAACUCUACCACUUUAUGCCUUAGUUACACAGAUGGGUUCAACUAUGAAGCCUACGAUAUUUAACGACAGAGUAGCAAAUGCUAUAAGAAAGUGGCACCACGCAGCAAAGAAGCAUGUAAAACAGAGCAAGCAUUCGGUUCCAACCAGUGCACCCGGCACUCCAUUACAUGGCAUGUCCCCGGUUCAUCUUCUGCGGCACUAUCAUUCCGAACUGGACAUGGAUAGUAUGCAAACAUUGCCAAGGAUGUCAUACGCUGAAAGAGAAGGUCCAAACGAGUCCCCAUCUCACCACGACACCGACGAUGUACCCUGGUCUAACCAGGGUCAGGAGGAAGAGAUUAGUGCUCACUAUCAACCUAACUCGGUGAACAAUCCUCCACCUGGUUAUGGAAACCAAAUUCAACACGAAAUCCAAAUUCACACAAAGGAUUAGCUAGUCACAUAGAUAUCAAAGAAAAACGCUAGCGACCACAUGUAACACAACAAUGACCAUGAAAGCCUAAUAAGCUUUGCAAUGGGAGAAGGGAGGACUGUAAAUGAUAAGAGACUGCUUUAUAUCUUCAAUAGUUGUAAGAUAGAAACGUAAAUCUUGAUAUUCAUUCAAGAAAAUAACGUAAUAAGAAUGCACCUAUAAAGUUCCCCGUUAAUCAGGGUGGUCGAUCAUAC